AUGAUCGUGGGAACCAAAGGUCCUAAGGGAAAGCCGAAGAUGGCUUCUGAAAAGGAGAGGUUUCUGCAGUGCUGCGGAGACAUUUUGCUGGAGCUUGUUUCGUCGCUGAACAGCUCGAAAGACGUCAAUCUAAAUGGCCUGAUCAUCAGAUACUCUAAGAAGUACAAGCUGAAGCAGCAGCCCCGGCUGACGGACAUCAUCUCGUCGAUUCCUGAUCAGUACAAAAAGUACCUGCUACCGAAAUUAAAAGCCAAGCCCGUUAGAACGGCGUCUGGUGUCGCUGUGGUGGCCGUGAUGUGCAAGCCCCACAGAUGCCCCCAUAUCGCAUACACGGGCAAUAUCUGUGUCUACUGUCCAGGAGGACCAGACUCGGACUUUGAGUACUCUACACAGUCGUACACCGGGUACGAGCCCACGUCAAUGCGGGCCAUAAGGGCCAGAUACGACCCAUACGAGCAGGCGAGGGGCAGAAUUGAGCAGCUGAAGCAGAUAGGCCAUUCUAUCGACAAGGUCGAGUAUAUUAUAAUGGGAGGAACGUUCAUGUCUCUCCCGAAGGACUACAGAGAAGAUUUCAUAGUUCAGCUGCAUAAUGCUUUGACAGGCUACAACGGAACAGAUAUAGACGAGGCGAUCCGGUUUUCGCAGGAAUCCGAGACCAAAUGUGUCGGAAUCACGAUCGAAACACGUCCCGACUACUGCACGGAGACGCAUUUAGACGAUAUGCUCAAAUACGGUUGCACAAGACUCGAGAUCGGCGUUCAGUCCGUGUACGAGGACGUGGCCAGAGACACCAACAGAGGCCACACGGUCAAGGCUGUGUGCGAGACGUUCUGCUACGCCAAAGAUGCCGGCUACAAAGUUGUCUCACACAUGAUGCCCGACCUGCCAAACGUGGGGAUGGAGCGUGAUCUGGAGCAGUUCAAAGAGUACUUCGAGAACCCAGACUUCAGAACCGACGGUCUCAAACUUUAUCCGACUCUGGUGAUCAGAGGCACGGGACUAUAUGAGCUGUGGAAAAAAGGACUCUACAAAUCGUACAACGCCAAUAUGCUGAUCGAUUUGGUGGCGCGGAUCAUGGCGCUGGUGCCUCCGUGGACGAGAAUUUAUAGAGUCCAGAGAGACAUUCCGAUGCCAUUGGUGACGUCUGGAGUGGACAACGGCAACCUGCGCGAGCUUGCGCUGGCCAGAAUGAAAGAUUUCGGCACCACGUGUCGCGACGUGCGGACCAGAGAGGCGGGAAUCCAGGAGGUGCACCACAAGGUGCAGCCAGACCAGGUGGAGUUGAUCCGCCGCGACUACUACGCCAACGGCGGCUGGGAGACGUUUUUGUCGUACGAGGACCCGAAACAGGACAUCCUGAUUGGUCUGUUGCGUUUGAGAAAGGCCUCGAAGAAGUACACAUACAGAAAAGAGUUCCGAGGCCAGCAGACGUCGAUUGUGCGCGAACUGCAUGUUUACGGCUCUGUGGUGCCGUUGCACUCGCGAGACCCGCGAAAAUUCCAGCACCAGGGCUUUGGCACGCUUUUGAUGGAGGAGGCCGAGCGCAUUGCGCGCGAGGAGCACGGCUCGGCCAAGAUCAGCGUGAUCUCGGGCGUUGGUGUGAGAAAUUACUACAGGCGGCUUGGCUACGAGUUGGACGGACCGUACAUGUCGAAGAGUCUUGACUGAUUAUACAAAGGAGGGUUCUAUUUUGGAGCACAUGUCGACGUAGCCCUUGAGGUCGUCGAGCGUGCGAACUCUGCUCCCGCUAAAAAACAAUCUCCAGUUGGUGUUGGGAAUGCAGUAAUCGCUCGUGGAUCGGUCAAAAUACCACUUAUUGACCGGGUUAUUUUGUCUGGAGCGCCACAGCAGCUCGUCUGGGUACGCGAGCAGCAGUGAUUUGAACACAAUGUCUGCUAUGCCGGGGAUGCCUUGCAAUUUGCGCAGCACAGCGAACUUGUCGAGAUAUGGCACCCUGCGCCCGCCUGCAGACUCCCAGGUGACGAUUGCGCCGCCCUCGUAGUCGCCUGCGAUGAUGAUGGCCGCGAUGUUGCCGUUGACUCGGUUCAGGUAGUGCUCGAGGUCUAGGGUCUUGCCAAACGAGUCGUUUAUAAGAUGAGUUAAUUUAUUCAGGUCGAUGAUUUUCUGUCGGUCGAACUCCAAUAAAUCGAUGCCCUUGCCGUCCGGCUGGUCGUCGGAGAGAUGGAUCGUGAGCGGUGUGCCGCGUUUGAUCACGGUGGUGUUGAGCUGCGGUGUCUUUUUCAAAUUUACCGGUAGCGACGAAGAGAUGGUCGGACGGUCUGUGAGGACGUUGUAGAUGAUCGGGUUGGUAGUGCGCGUGCCGUGACGAAGCGUGGCAAUGUCUGGCGUCGUGAUCAGCCCCGUGGCCGCCGGCUGGAUCGCCAGCAGCUGGUUCAUUUCCGUGAGAUUCUGCACAUGCACGUCUCUGACCGACGAGUCUAGAUGGCCGAUGUAGAGCUCUGAAAUGAUGUCGUUGUACUCCUGGAGCAGGUUGAUGUACACGUGACUCGACUGGAACCGUUCCAACGACGGGAUCCCGCCGAGGUCCUCGAGAUAGAUGAUUUUCUCGACGGUGAGCAGGUCAUUUGCGUUGUUGCGACGAUACGCCUCGUUGAGGCCACACAGGUUCGAAACCAGACGCUCCAGUGUCUCGAACGGCGUCAUAACCUCCUCUGUGCUAUCUUUCUUGACCGUUGUCGGGAAUAUGAUUGGAACUAUGCCGUGCAACAGCGGCACUACCAACAGCUCGGGCAGCGAGAAGUUCUCCUGUUCGAAAAGGCCCCUGACAGUGCGUGCCUGCAGAUUUUCUGUCUGCAGGGUCUGGAUUAGCGUGUCGCACUGGUGCACAAAGUCGUUGACUAUCCGAAGCCGAGAUUCGCUGGCUUUUAUCUGAUGCUUUCCGUCGAGCACCAAAACCGGAGACACGCCCAGCUGCACCAAUUUCCGCAGGGUCAGAGCGAUGCCCCGCAAAGUUUCCGGGUCGAGCCGCCGGGGGGUCGGGAUCCUGAUCAAGGCGACGCGCAGCGUGUCCGAGAGCUGGAUCUCUGGCUUGUGGCGUGGCUCCGGCAGCUGGAUGUCGCUCCUGGCCGAGUGCUUGAGCAGCAAAUCGUUGAUCAGCUUGUCGUGUUUGCUGGUCUGGGAAACAACGUCGCUGUCGAGAAUGCGUCUGUGGCUCUGGUAGAUGUCGUUCUCCUUGAGGAGAGGAUACUUGGACAGGUAGUUACGAGCCUCGCGCUUGGUGGCUGUGCUGCUGAGGAUCGUGAGAAUUAGGUCCUUUUUGUCGU